AUGAAGAUAAAACUAAUUGUCUUUGCUCACCAAGCACUUGAAAUUAAACGCGAAAAAAUUCUGAUGGACGGUCAAAUGACGACGAUUUCAUUACCCGGAAAAGGGAAAGAUGAAAUAAUUGAAGCAACCAAGGGUAUCAGUAGUAAGCGACAAGCUGAACUAUGUUCCAAAUAUUGUGAGAUGAAGCCAAUAUCCUCAGACCAUUUCGCAUUCGUUCACAAUGGAUGUAUCCUUUCACCUGAUGAUCAAUUAGCGACGGGGAAAGUAGCUUAUCGUGCGGAAUUUUUCUCAUUCGAUUUUGAUGGACUACUCCGAUUUGAUCAACAAGCCUUUAACUAUGUUUAUCAACAAUGUUUACAAGAUAUUGAAGAUAAAAAUAUCAAAUUGCAGUGUAAUCAAGCCGCUACUUUGUCUGUCUUAACUUGGUUAUUAAAAAAUUUAGAGAAAGGCCUUGUACUAAACGAAAUUAAGGAUUUCGAUAUCAGAUGGAACGAUCUAAAACUAUUUCGCUGUUGCAAGACUUGCUUAUUCCGUCGAAUACUUGCAGGACGAAAGAAAUCACGUUGUCCAGUUCUAGGACAACUUGUAAAAGAAGGCAUUGCAAAGAUUGAUCAUGAAAUUAUCAAUUAUUAUAACAGAAAAAAAAAUCUCUAUGCUAGUAUGGAUAAACAAGAAAAAUCAAUUAAAUCUUCUUUAGUCUCUCCUGAAGAAAUUAUCUGCCAAGGAGAUAAUAUAUCAAUACAGACUAGUGAAGAUGUAUCGACAUCUAAUUUAUCCGUUACUCAAAUAGUGCAACAUAACAUAUUAGAAUUUCUAUUCACACUUAAAGAAUUUCAAUAUAAAGUGUUUUCGGCAUUCGAGGAGGGAAAGAAAGUGUACGAGAUUGCAGUUUCAUGUCAAGGCCUCGUAUUUAAAAUGUCUACCAGCAAUAAUGAGGAAGAAAAAUUAUUUUCUAUUGAAGAUAUAAUUUCAAUCCAAGUCCAGAAUCAUGUUAUUCAAGUUGAAGUCAAUCAAAUAGAUAAUUGCAACAUUACCAGUUCAAUGGACAAAUAUCUCGAGAAAGAGCUCGGUUAUACUGCUUCAUAUACCUAUAAAUGGGCAUGUCAGAACGAAAUGAAAGCUAAAUCUUUCUCAAACGUUCUUAAAGGCUAUUACAGAUUGUUAGUAAAUCGAAACACUAAUUUAUCAGGAGGUAAACAAGAAAUAGCAGUAGAUUUAGAAAAUGAGCUAAAAGGUGUUCUUCAUGGGCCAUUACGAUGUUCCAUUGCAUUGGCCACUAUUAUGUCUGUUCUACCAAAUCACGGGUAUUAUCUAAUUCAAAAGGAUACAGAAUCUUUUGAAUUUGUUAAUAUCAUAAAUUAUCAUCAAGAAAAAAACCAGUACCAGAGUUUUAGAAUUAUGUUAAAGAAUAUACGAGAUGAGAACGACUCAAAUUCAAACGAAAUUUCACUUCAAGACAUCAAAGACUACAUAGAAGCAAAAUUAAAUAAGUCUAUCGCUCAUUCCUAUUAUGGUAUGUGGACCUCAUCUGGACUUUAUCAUAUGGCUCCAAAUACACCCAUUUUAGUUAAAAAAAUUAAACACUACCGUUGGCUCAAUAUCAAAGAGGGUGUAUUCACAUUAAGUCAUCCAAAUAUACUUACAAUGCUUGCACUUGGCGAAGUUUGUGAUGAUCAAAUAACUCUAAUAUAUGAACAACCUUCAUUAGGAUCACUGGCUGUCUUUCUAAAAGAACACACAAAUAUCCAUACAACACGACUCAUUGACUAUAGUUACCAGAUCGCCCUAGCAAUGGAAUACAUUGAAUCUAAGGGAUAUGUCCACGGUUGCCUUUGUGCACAUAAUAUUUAUAUGAAGACAGCUGAUCAUAUUGUUUUAAGUGAAAUUGGCCUCCAAUAUGCGACUCAGAAGGCCAAUAAAAAGAGUUCAAACGAGUAUAUCAACUAUAUUGAUCCCAGAACAGAAUAUCAUUAUGAUUAUCAAUAUAAAAGCGAAUUUAUAGAUUGGUGGUCUCCAGAACUACUUACUAGUAGUGAUGUGCUCUUUAAUCAUAAAACUGAUGUUUGGAGUUUUGGUAUUACAAUUUGGCAAGUAUUUAAUAAUGGAAAUAGGCCAUUCAACAAUUUAAAUCAUGGCAUGAAAAUUUCUAUGAUCAAAGAAGGCAUUUGGUUGGAUAAUACCAAAUUUCCAUCACUUGACAUUACCUAUUUAAUGUUCAAGCAAUGCUGCCAUUAUGAUGCAAAUAGACGACCGAAGUUCCGAAAAAUCGUCGAAGAACUGAAACAGAUAAAAAAAAAUCAAGGCAAGGAGUUUAAACAAAUAACAAUAACAAGCUUUCCAAAUAGUGAAGAAAGCAUGGUCAUCGAUAGUAAAAGACUCGAUGAUAUGUUUACUGAGACAAAUUCUAAUAAAAGUGAUCAGGGUAAUUAUGGCAGAGUUAUGCCUUAUGAUCUCUCAGCAAGUAAACAAGUGGCAAUUAAAUGCCAUUUGAAUAGAAGCGAUAAAGGUGGCUUAUGUUUAUAUUCGGAGUACCGUAUACUGAAAGAUUUAGACUGCCAAUUUAUUAUAAAACCUCUUGGAUAUGGAGUAUUAGGUAAACGAAGUUAUAUGGUCUUGCCCUAUUACCCCGCAAAAGAUUUGUUUAAGUAUCUUCAGAAUCGAAAUGCCAAAGUUGGCGAUUCUUCGUCGUGUAAUGUAGGACAACUGUAUAAGUUUGCGAAGCAGAUUGCAGAUGCCCUGGAUUAUUUGCAUAAUAAAUGGAUAGUCCAUCGCGAUAUUAGAACUCCUAAUAUUUUAGUGGAUGGUGCUGGGCAUGGAGUUAAGUUAGCAGAUUUUGGAAUAGCUGAGUACGUUACUCCAAUGCUCAAUAAUGGAUGUCACCAUAAAUGUGUGAACCAAUUGGCUGGUUUACAGUUGCCGAAAUCCAGAUACGCAGAAACUUGGUAUGGAUUUCCAGCUGAAGUAUGGAGUUUCGGGAUCGUUAUGUGGGAGAUUUUUACGUAUGCCGAAAUAGCAGCCUCGCGGCUAGCGAAUAAGGCUGAAGGAAUUUCUGCCGACUUACUUUUAAGCAGAGGACCGAGUAAUAAUCCUGAGUUCCAGCUGGCUAUCAAUUUAAUACGCGGUUGUUUAAAGGAAAAUCCAGACACUCGAAUUAAUAUCCGUCAAAUACUAUCAAAAUUAGAUCAGAGAUGCAACACAAUAAUUUAUUAG